AAAUGACAGCUGUUCCUGGCUCGGUAGUAGUGGGAAAAAAUGAAUAAAUGAAAUAGUUGUAAUAAUGAGUGCCACUUGUGUCUCGAGCGUUUUGAAUGAUAUGACCGCUAGUAUUGCGACCGGCUAAUCGCGCGCUGAUGGGUGAAAGAACAAAACACAACGGGCCACUUCCCCUCGCCUUUCAAGUUUUCCAGCAGCAAGGGUCCCUGCAAAAACUGACCACCUGCGGCCUCCAUGAAGCGGGGUGCCACACGGAGCGGGACUGCGUCUUCGCUACAGCGCAGCGCUACGUUCGAAGAGCGACUGCUGGAGCUUUCGACGAAGCUAGAAAACCACCAAUGGAAGGAAAACAUAAAAGAGGAAGACCGCGUCUACGUCCAGAAAUGGAUGCGGCACGAGCCUCGUAAUGUUUUCUUUGUAAAGUUGCUUUUAUACAACCCAAAAAUACAAAUACAAUCUGCUGGGAAUCGAUCUGUUUCUUUGCUUCCCCUUUUCUUUGCAGGACGACACGCAGAGAAUGAAUCCUUUGGCUGCACAACCAACUACAGGUCUCCGUCGUUUUCUGAUCAGCUGUAUCAAAUGUAAAAAUGUCUGGGUCUGGAAGGAUCCGAAUUUGUGAUGCGAAUUCCACAACACGCGCAAAUCUCUCAUGCCUAGACAGCAAAAGAUUCCCAUUUUCUGUUACAAAACAGGGGGAUUUGUCAUGCGGAUUAAGCAUUGCGGAACGUUCUCGAAAUCUGUGAUGCCAGGGCUUCCACGACAGACCUUCUGUGUCAUGCAAAAACACCAUUACAAAAAUCUGCAUUCUUCCAGACCCAGACAUUUUUGCAUUUGAUAAGCUGCAACACCGUAGACGACGCGUUUGAGUCGUUGAAGAAGGUCGCGGCCGACCGCACCAAGCACGACUUGUGGGGUCUGCACUAUAAAGAGCUGUCGGAGACCGUGAAAAACGGGCUCAAGACGGGUGCCUUCUACAGUCAGGGGGUCUCCAAGGAGGGUUACCCCAUCAUCUGGCAGACCAACCGACGGCUGGACUGCCGCCUCGCGGAGAAGGAGCGAAUACGGGCCGUGGUGCUGGUGCUGGACUCGCUGGAGGCCAAGAUGGACGACGGGCAGUUUGACAAGAGGCGGUGGAUCAUUGUGAUGGACCAGGCCGGCAGCCCGGCGUAUGGCUCUCCGUCCCUGUCCUUCAGUAAGACCCUGUAUGCUGUGCAAAAGCAUCGUACUCGUAUAAAUGCAGGUCUUGCAUUACAAAUUUCUUUUACAAGGCAAAUCAGCAUUACAAAUUUUAUUUCUCAUGCUGAGAAAAUUUGUAAUGCAUUUAUACGAGUACGAUACUUUUGCAUUUCAUACCCUGGUCGGAAUGACGACGAAGUUUUACCCAGAACUCAUGUACAAAGUGUACAUCAUCGACGCGGGAACCAUUCCGCAUCUCAUCUUCUCCUUCAUGAAACCCUUCCUCGGCGAGGGUGCACAGCAGAACAUCAAGUUUGUCAAGCGGCCGCGGAAGAGCUCAAUAUCUCGGGCGUCCUCCAGUUCGUCCAUCAGCGGCGGAAGUAGUGAUGUUUUUUGGCGGGAUCCUCCCACUUAUUCUUGCACGACUUAGUUCUUGAUUGAAUCUGCAAACGCGCUGCGCGCUGCUUUCGGUGAAUGCUUUACUUACUGCACCAUUGGCGACAUGAUCAUCAGAAGUCAUCUAACUGGACCAAAUCCUUACCACAUGUCAGAGGCAAGUGCGCUGGAGAACAUGGUGGAGCUUAUUGGCGCCGAGGCGGUGCCUGACGAUAUCGGCGGCUGCAGCGGGUUUGAAUGGAACGGUGAGCAUAUCCAAGAAAAAAACUGUGUUAGUGUAACUUUCUUUGGGUGACAGCAUCACAAAUUUGCUCUACAUGACAGAAAAAACCUGUCAUGCGUGGUUUGUAAGGGAAAACACACAUGAAAAGAGGACUUGAUGGCUGUCUGGCAUGACAGACGUGCCUCUGUUGCAAGUUCUGCAUUACAGAGUUACACUUACACAGUUUUUUUCUUGCAUAGAGCAGCACUGGGAGUCGAUAGUGCUGCUAAAGGAGCCACUGGUUCCCGACGAGGCCGACCCGCUCAACGUCCUCGAGCCGGCGGGUAAAAAAGGGCGCCGCUGGAGCCGCGGGCUGGUGCGGUCCGCCGCCGCAAUGAAGAGCACGGCCGCGGCCUCUGCGACAACGCUGAAAAACACGGCGAAGCCGGUCCUGAAAAGGAUACCGAGUAAAUCACGGGAAAAACUAAGCGCCGCUUCCAGUGCGGCAAGUACGCCGCAGACGGAGCACGGCGCGAGCCACUUGCAGGGCCCACCACAACUCACCAAGGAAAAGUCGCAGGACAGCCUCGCGCACAGCUCCUCCAGCGACGGGCGGACGCAGAACGCAGGAGUACCCCCAACCAAGCUGGGACCAGGCCAACAUGUGCGUGAGCGAGGUACUAGCUACUCGGUGGGCGAUAUUUUGCAUUACAGAAUCUCUUGUAGCAUCUUGGUAGCUAUCGUGAUGGUCAUCCUGCUACGUACUUGUCGUUGCCCCUCCUUCGGCCCUCUGUGUAGUAACUGAAACGCGAGUGCAAGAGAAAGCAGUAGCAAUCGUUUUCAUAUGUAAAAAUUCAGGUAGUGGAACUUGCUGCACGCGCAACGACGAGCGGGAGGGUGGCAGUCGGUACUCGAGCAAGCAGAAGAAUUUGCUGACGAGCAACAACACUCCCCCAGAUAGUCAAGAAAAGCCGCGCGUGGAAGACGACGUUUUCUCGCUGUACAGCUUUCAAACCGUGCAAAGUAACGACUACAGUGCUCCUUUUGCUUCUCCGUCAGCCCCAAAUGCAGUGCCGAGCAGCACCGUGGCCAUGCGUACUGAUAGAUGUGUUUCUCCUUUGCAAGGAUUUCUCGACUCUCAAGAUGUUGCGUUUCAACUGAGAAUCAAUAGGAGCAUCGAGAUCUUAUUUCGAGGGUCAAACCUAAAAACCACUCCGCAGCUUUACCGGUGGCAAUACCUGAGAACAAGCGUUUAAAAGAUCCGGGGGAACGGUCUGGGUGUUGUAGCUGCUUUCGUUCGACGGCCCGAGAACCGCAACUAGAUCGGAUUGCGUGACGAGCAGGUCCCCAGUGUCAACAGCCGCGUUUCGCGUUGGAGAGCGGCUCCGUCCUUGCGUUCCCGACAGGGCAGUGAGUCGGUACACACGACACCCGUAUCCGUUACUGCUUACGCGUCGCAACACUCGCGCGUAGAGUGGGAGCAGUAUCUUUUGCGGUGCAGCGUCGGCUUUGGUUCUGGCCGACGCGGCCGGGUGUGCAUUUCGUGUAGAAUCGCCAAUUUGAUGUACGCCGUCUUCCUUCUUGUUGUGAUAAUUGCGCCGCACGGAAGAUGCUGAGGCUUUCCUCGCAUGCUUUAGCUAGUACAACGCAACUUUCAGUUUCGACGUAUAGUACGAAUGAAACGAAGAACAUCUUCAUCUGUACGAUGGCGGUGCUUGCGAACCUUGUUUCAAACGUUGCGUAUUGGUUUCGCAGUCGUGUACCAGG